AUGGCUCUCCCUGGUCAGACAACACCUGAAGGUUGCCCCAGCUUCAAGCUGAUUCUUGUUGGUGAUGGCGGUACAGGAAAGACGACCUUUGUGAAGCGUCACUUAACGGGUGAAUUUGAGAAGCGCUAUGAACCCACUAUCGGUGUGGAAGUCCACCCCCUUGAUUUCUACACCAACUGCGGUCGGAUUCGCUUCUACUGCUGGGACACAGCAGGUCAAGAGAAGUUCGGCGGUCUUCGUGACGGUUACUAUAUCCACGGGCAAUGUGCGAUCAUCAUGUUUGACGUGACAUCGCGGCUGACAUACAAGAACGUCCCUACAUGGCACAGAGAUCUGUGCAGGGUGUGCGAAAACAUCCCCAUCGUCCUCUGUGGAAAUAAGGUUGACGUGAAGAACCGUCAGGUGAAGGCCAAGCAGGUGACUUUCCAUCGCAAGAAGAAUCUGCAGUACUACGAGAUUUCUGCCAAGAGCAACUACAACUUUGAGAAGCCGUACUUGUACCUUGCCAGGAAGCUUGCCGGGGAUGCUAAUCUUCACUUUGUGGAGUCGCCUGCUCUUGCACCACCUGAGGUCGCCAUCGACCUUGAGCAGCAGGCCAAGUACGAGCAAGAGCUUGCCGCUGCUGCUGCUCAGCCACUUCCAGAUGAGGAUGAUGACUUGGUGGAGUAA